AUGAGUGAUCUUUUCGUGCUGUUUAAUGGAUAUUCUAAAAUGUCUUCAGAUAAGGAAAUGUUAGCCAAUUGUAGUUGCUCAUUAAUAAUAGGACAGCAUAAUAUCAUAGUGGAUACUAUGACUGCAUGGGAUUCUGAUAAAAUAAUCAAAGCUCUACAGUUCCACAACAUAUUGCCUAAUAUGAUUAAUUAUGUUAUUUCUACACAUGGCCACUCUGAUCAUAUAGGAAAUAAUAAUCUAUUUUUACAUGCCAAACAUAUUGUUGGAUUCAGUAUCUCAUAUAAGGAAAGAUAUUUUUUACAUGCCUUUGAUCAAGGUGAAAGAUAUUCCAUAAAUGAAAGUGUUGAAGUUCUCCCAACUCCUGGGCAUACACUAUCAGAUGUGACAGUACUAGUUAAAACAAAUGAAGGAACUGUUGCUGUAGCAGGAGAUCUUUUUGAAAACUCAGAAGAUAUUGAGACACCUAGUAUAUGGAAGUCAGCUGGCAGUGAAAAUCCAAUAUUACAAAGGAAAAAUAGAUUGGCUGUUGCUGAAAUUGCAGACUGGAUCGUUCCUGGUCAUGGAUCAAAAUUUAAGGUAACCCAAGAAAUUAUAGAUUCCUUAAGAACUCAAUUAGUUGAUUAG